AGUUUCACUAAAAUGGAGGUAAUGCAAACUACUUCGUUUUUCUCGGUAACGCCAUUGGACCUGCCACCUUGUGCUGCAGGACUCAUAUGGAAUAUCGAGGAGAACGCCUGCCUGCCGGAUAUGGAAGAUGUUUCUGACGUGGAGAUUAGAGCUCCAGUUCCCGACACCCGUUGCAAGUAUGGAUACUACUUUCAGCCGGUUAUGAAGGUAUGCACUCGAAAGAAGUAUCAUGUGACAAGAGGAAGCGGUAGCUUUAACAAGUGGUGGAAAAAGAAGCAAACGAAGUCAACACCAAAGUAUGUCCCCAGACCGAUACCAACCCCAGAGCCUCCCUAUACAGGCGAAUAUUGGAAGUAUCACGAAUUUGGAAGAGAUCGUACACGCUUGUUCUACUAGGGGCAAGAAUACUUAAUUUAAAA